CUUUUAGAAGGACUAUGCAAUAGUAUUAAAUGAAUAAUUUUCUAACUCGCAUGUGGUUGAAAAAAGUGCUCUUUGGUCACUUCCGGGUUAAAAACAUGUGAGAUUCGUUUCGUGUAGUAAUUGUGAUAAAUGUAGAAAUACUCAAUAAGAUUACACAAUGACUCUAGGAAAAGAAACUUUGAAGUGCGAGGUUUGUAAAGAUGUGGUAUCCAAGUACAAAUGUCCAACUUGCAGGCUGAAAUAUUGCUCUGUUGGCUGUUUCAAGGACCAUAAAAAAGGAGAUACAUGUGUUCCAGAUGAAGAAACCUCCAACACCCAAUGUGACGUCUCACAGAAAAGUCCAAAUAAGCACAAAGCAAUGAGUGAUGGUGAACUGUCUGAGAGUUCAGAAAAUGACAUGGAGACAGAAGACAAAGUAUCCAAGGAGUGCCUAGAGAGACUUGUGGGAUCUAAAGAAAUAAAAGACCUACUUAAGAACCCACAUCUGCAAGAUAUGCUUGUUUACUUGGACUCUAGUGAAAACCCAACAAAAGAUCUAGAGAAUGCUAUGCAAGAACCAAUAUUUACAGAAUUUGCAAAUACAUGUUUGAAUAUUGUGGAACCACCUGAUGGUAUGAAUAAAACAAAUGUGAUUGACUGAGA